AUGUCGAGGUUCAUCGAACUCGUCUCGCCUCUGCUCCUCGCUUUCCUCCUAGUCCAAUUCAGCACCGCCGUCUCUUCUUCCUCUCCGCCAGAGCCCUCCCCGACUCCAUCGCCGCAAACCGGCGCCGAUGCACCUUCACCGCCAUCUCCAUCCCCGAUUUCCCUCCCUCCAUCUCCGUCGAACGCUCCGGCUGACUCACCAAUUCCAUCUUCUCCUCCCGCUCCGCCCCAAUCGACUCCAUCGCCGUCGCCUGACAGCGAACCUUCUGUUCCCUCUUCAGCGCCGUCGGUUCCUAGCGACAUCAAUCACAAUAACAUCAACGCCGACGGUGACGGAGAGGAGUUCUCCGAAGGAGGAAUAAGCACCGGAAAGAAGGCGGGGAUCGCGUUCGGCGUCAUCGUCGGAGUCAGUUUGGUAGGGCUGGGAGGAUUCGUGUACAAGAAGCGUCAAGAUAACGUCCGUAGAUCUCAGUACGGUUACGCCGCCAGGAGAGAGAUUCUCUGA